AGUGUUUACACUUGAGUCAGCUGACUUCCAUUCACCUGAUCACAAUUAGCUAACUGUUUUUCCUGUAUUGUAUCAGCUAUGCAUUACUCUAUUAUUGUCAUAAGUCUGCGCCAGUGAGUUGCUGAUAACCUCUGCAAAGGUUCUCUUUUGCUUGUACAUUUUACUGGCAGUCACGUGAGUAUUUGGAAUAUUUGGCAAGUGAUUAGCAGUUAGCAGCUGGGUAAAACUACACUUUGAUUUAACUAUAAAAAAACGAGUCCGCAGAGUUUGUGCAAAUGGACAAGAUCACUAAAGAUGUGGGUGAUAUCCAGUCCCGCCUGUUAAACCACAGACCCAUCAUCAAUGCUGAGAUCCGCUACUUUGUCAGAGAGUUUGAGGAGAAACGUGGAAACAGAGAGAACAGACUCCUGGAGAAUCUUAAUAAGAUGGUGGCGGAAACAAAUGAGCAAAUGCCUUCGACAGAUGUUCAGGGUGGGAUCCUGGGUAUGAUGCCUGACCUCAUCAAACGAUUGGAUGCUGCUAAUCACAUGGCAGACAGAGUCCAGCAGAGGGAGCUAGAAGCACAGCAGAGCACACAGAUGCAGGUGAACAUGGAACGUUUAAAGGAAGAAUGGGCAGACUUCCUGAAGGAGCAGCAGAGAUUAAAAGAGGAGGUGGAUGAUGAGCAUGCCAAGGCUGUAGGACAACUCAGCAACCACUAUAGUGAAAAGAAGAUGGACCUAACCAAGUUUUCACCCCUAUGAUUAGCAGUGAAAACACACUCACUUAUUGUGUGAACACUUUGUCACAGGUGCACUUGCAAAAUAAAGACCAUGGCUGAGUGAUGUACUUGUUGUACUGACAAAAAAAGAGCCAACAAAAAGUCAGCAUUUUCACCAAUUCACAGGUCAUCAAGCUCACAAUGUUUGUCUUUAUUUAGCACAUGGAACUAGCAUGGCAUGUAAAUAGUUAAAAAAAAGGGUCUGCUGUAUGUCUUUUUACACAAGCAAUCACUGAAGGCUAUGACAUUUGAAGCAUUUCAGGAUUUUUAAUGCCUUAAGGGGAGCUGAUGAUAAAUGUUCAUGAGCUUUAAUCUGAAAGGAACUUUGCUGUCGAAAUCUGCUCGAACAGAAACACAGAAACAAACUAUCCCUCACCAGCUCUACUCAACAUAAGAACAUUUAACCUCUGACAUUAAUUUCAAGUCACUGUUUAUGAAGUCUGAAUGAUGAGCAGCAGCUGUUUUCGGUUUGCUUUGCCACCUCAAAGCUGAUUUUAAUGAGUCACAAAUCCAACAUUUGUAUUGCUGGAUAAACAGAAAAAAAAAAAAUAAAUCAUGUUCUGGUUUCAAUUUC